AUGUACGAAACCGUGGUCAAGGACCUCGCCUAUUACAAGGAGCAUGUUAUAACCAAUGGUAUUCACACCUCUUGCAAUUCUCUCGGUGUAAGAUCCAUCACCGUAUGUGGUUAUACAAAGAAAACCGUGAUAGAGACGGUUGCUGCGUACUGGAGAUCUUUGGCAGGUACGUAUACUGAGGAUCAAGCUAAAGAAAGGGCAACAGCAGCUUACAACAAUGUCUUUACCAUUUGCCAACAUUUCUUGAAAGCAUUGUACCAAGAACGAUUUGGAAAGAAUGGCGUCAUUUGGAGGGGGAUUCCUGCAAACGAGCAGAAUGACGUAUUGUACAUGUUCAAAAGAAUUGCGUACUUUUGGAACAAGCGCUCUGGCUUAAACGUUGGUACACCCGUCGAGGCAUAUCCUGGAGACCUUGUCUCUGUCAUUGACGCCGAGAACCCAAUGCUACCCAUGCACCUCGCCGAAAAAAACUGGAUAUCCAAAAAUAUGAUCCAGAUAAUGUUGAGGAACUCAGCAAGACCAGAUUACAUUGCUCAUGAUACCUCGGGUUUAUGUUUGACUGGCCUGGAAAACCUUGGUGUCAAUUCGGGUACUGAAGAGAGGUACGAAGACUUGGAUAUGGGCCUGUUUGAAAAUUUAUUUUCGAUCCCUGAUAACAGACCUCUUGCACCAUCGUCUUCUUCCGCUUUGGUACAAAAUCCUGUUUUGACCUCUCUUCCUCCCUCUGAGAUGCCUCCUCUCUCUGACUCGCCUCCUCCUCACUCUGACUCUCCUCCUCCCACCUCUGCACCUGCCCUCUCCACCCCAAGUAUUACCUGUCCAAAAGCUGAAGCCAUCCCUACUUUCACCGCUUGUGAAAAGUACCUAUUUAACAUGAACCCAAUUGACGAAACUUUCUUCGACAUGAUGCAAGAACAACUUUGGAUGGAAGAUGACGCUGAACAUUUCGAAGACGAAGAUCAAUAUUUCGAUGCCUUGGUGGACGAAAUCAGUGCAAUGGACGAAGAGUACGAUUUGGAAGAGCAAAUGCUUGAACAAGAGGUAGCCAUUGCCGAAGAGCGCGUUGUUGCAGACUUCGCCCGCACCCAAGGCAACCAUGAUGUCUUUUCCUUGUUUGAACUUUGGAUCAGGGAAACAAUUUUACAUGCAACCGCUCUUGUCAACUAUGACAUUUUUUAUUAUAUUUUUACGAGAUCGCGGCCCCAGCCCACUUCGGUAAUUUUUUGACCUUCGCUUCGCUACGGUAAAAAUAACCUACGUUCCUGCUGGGGGCGAUCUCGCGCCUGCAGCGGGCCACCGAC